GGCAAGCUGAACACCAAUAAUUACACGAUAUAUGCAAACUCAGAGGCAGCCGGCUGCAACUUACUUUCCCUGCAGUUUGCCACUAAAGUCGUCUACAUGGCUAAUAGCACUAGCACUGGAAGCAGCCGAGUUAUUUCACCUUUGAUACCUGUAAGUGUGCGCUUCAUUGCAAGAACCAAGUCUUUCGACGCUGUACAGCAUAAUCUAAAGUUUGAGCUUCUGAUCUCGACUUUGCGCUUAGGGCAAAUCGACUACUAUGCAGCAUGGAUGUUUUGGGUCUCAUUAAGAUGCAUAGGUAUGGUUCCUAGAGUCUUGUUCUUUGACUGGUGGCAUAUAAUAGUGGUCCGCUUCGGCUGCUGUGGAAGUUACCGUCGCUGCGGCAUCUGUCGUGGAAUUAUGAAUAUUGUAUGUGGCUGGUGUCGGUACUUCAGACGUCCAGUGGUGCACAUACUGUACCAUUCUAAAUGUUACGGAAGAAUAAAUCUCACUGACGUAAAUGAUUCGUUGUAUGAUGGUUAUCUGAAGUAUCUUUCUGAACGUUUUGGUUCUUCACGCAUAUUAAUGAUCAUAGAUGAUCUCGAUAAUCCAGAAUUAACAAAACAAACUGUUGAGAAGAACCAGCCUACUGCUGUAAAAUGCUGUGAAAAGAUAUAUUAUCUCAAAAAGGAAGAGGAGGAAGAUAAAAAGGGAAGUGAAAGUGAACAAGAAAAGAAAACGUACAGUCACACCUGGAACAAAGAACAAAUACAGGACAUGUUUCAAUACGUCAAAAGCAAAGAUUAUUGACUACUAGAAGAGUAAAUAAUGCAUUUAUUAUCACAUGAAAAUGCUUUGAAUAAUAGAUACUUUAUUUUUCUGAGUUUAUUUAAAAGACUCUAGUAUAUAUGACAGACUUGUGGGGAAUAAUGUGUCUACUGGCUUUUGUACCAUCAGUAAUAAUUCCAGGAAAUGCAACAUACUGCUGCCUUAGUUAAUAAAUUGGUAGGCUUAUACUAACCUGAAGUAAAUCCCAUCAUGAUUAGCAGGAAGGAUAAAACACAUGAACAUAACACUAAUGCCAAAGACUGGGUCACUUCAUCGCAGCACAGGAAACAAGUGAUGUUAUGUAUGGGGAUAGCAGUUUUUGAGUCCCAAUGAGUUGCAUAUGUUAAUGGUAAAAUGGAAAGACAAAUAAGAAAUAUCUUUAAGACUAUCCUCUGCCACACAGGUUAUUUAAAAAUCAGGUUGUUCAAAACUCUGAAGUCUUAAGUUGGGUUAGGGUGAUGUUAUCAGUGUUGAACUUUUGGGUCAGGUUGAUAACCACUCAGCUGAGAACUCCCUGAUCAUUGCAAGCAACAGCAGUAGUUAAGGAUGUACUGUGGGCAUCAGUGCUUACCUGUUUAGAUUGUGGAGACCUGCCCUGUGAGGAGUCCCUAAUACAUGCAUGUAGCAUUAAUAUUCAGGAAGGUAGCAGUGCUGUGCACACUGAAUUACAUUACAUUAGCAGAUACCAGUUUUGUGAGUUAUCCUUGUUCCUACCAGAAACUGCAAACAUUUUGAAGAUCAUUAGAAUGAGGCAAGUAUUUCACUUCUUGAAAACACAGACUGUUAUACUUAGCAAGUUUUAAAGUGAGUCUGGUGAUGAAGACAAGGAAGACAGGUACUUCCUCACUUGUCUGUAAAGGUAAGUUACAGCAUUGUGAUUUACAAAAAUGAGUUCAUAUUCAACAAUCACAGGUAUUCACAAAAUAAACUCUCACAUCUGUAUUGUCUAGUAGAAAAGUGUCAUGCUAUCUAAAAUGAACUUGAAUUUUUACAUCAAGAUUUUUUUUUGCAUUUGCAGCUGUCAUUGACUUUCCUUACCUGCACACAAGUACAGCAAAUUUGUAUUUUGCAGUAUUUGAACAUAGUUGUAUUACUUCUUUAUCACAAAAAUAUUUUGUUUGCAAUUGCCAUUACCAUAUUGUAACAGGUUAUUAUAACAAAGCUGACAUAAUUUUAGCUUUGUGGCACAUUUGUACGUAUUUAGGUAUUUCUAAGCAAAACAACUGUGUCACAAACAUAGACUGUUAUUAUUAUUAUUAUUUUUGCUUUUUAACUUUAAAAGGUAAUUAAAAGUUCUUUAUCUCCUACAAAUCAAUGUCAGAUUGACUUUUCUGCUGUGGUGCUGAUAACACUGUAGCAAUGCAUUUUUUCCUCAAAUUACAGAUGGUUAUGUUACAAUGUCUUACACAUUCCUGUGUCAUCAAAACCACUGUAUUAGUAUGUGGGUUGACUUGAUAAUAAGAGAGUUCUACAAUAAACCUGUGACAGAAAAACA